AUGGGAGUUGUUCUGCCGUGAAGUGAAACAAAACCAGCAGAAAGGGAAAUGUGGAACUGGAAUCAAGAAACAAAAUUGAAAACACCUAGUGGGAGUCCUUUAAAAUGUUAAAGUACCCAACCCCACUUUGCUUCCACCGCGCUUGCUCCUUUCUCGCUACAGGUCCUUUAAACAAAUAUGAUGUUCAAAUGAAGCCCUCCUGGCAGAGAUCGACAUGUUGGAACGGUUCAUCAGUCGACUGGAUCCUCAGGACCUGGUGUCUCAUGCAGGGAGAGACGAUUCAGGGGCAGCAGGAGUCUCCCAGCCGGAGGGUGGGGGUCGUGGACGUAGGCUGAGGUCCGAGUCCGACAUAUCGGAUCGCUUCCAGCAGCUGACUUUGGAACAGAAACUUUAUGUGGCACAGAGAGAAGUAGCAGAGACACGAGAGGACCAGGAGAAACUCAAACAGAAAUAUGAUCGAAUUCAGGACAACUACAAGGCCUCACUGGAAGAAGCAGAGUUGCGUCUUGCAGACAUCAAGAAGGCUAAAAAUGAUUUUGAAUGCAGAAUGGUCCAACCAAUGAAAGACAAAAGGUUGGAAAUGAUGGAGCCCAACAAGCUGCUCCGGUACAUCGAAGACAAGUCAAAGGUCACCCAGUUGGAAAAAUGGACUCGGAAGAACCAUGCACUGAAGGUCCAUGAGAAGAAGCUCCAGCAGCAGCUACAACAGAAGAAAGAGAUGGGAAAAGCCGAGUACGAGAUUUUUCAAGAGUACAGCGAGCAGAGAAUUGACAAAAACCUGGAUGAACUUCAAGUCAGCAAUUUGAAAGUACAACGAUACCUGCGUUCACACAAGGAGAAGCUACAGAGUGUGACACGAGAGUCCAGUGAGCUGAGCGAUGACAUCACCAAGAGGAAGCAGUUGCUGGCAAAACUCGAGGAGGAGAUAGGGCAUGCUGAGGAGGAGCGUCUGAAGGCAGAGGCCCUCAACCUGCACCUGCGCCGCCAGAUGACAGAUUAUCAGGCUCCUGGUAUCCCCGAGUACAUGCAGGUCAAGGGCAAAUACAAGAAGCUGCAGCAGAGCAUUCGCACUCUGAAGAGAAGAAUUGGGAUCGCUGAGAUGGCCUUGAAGACCCGCUCUGAAGUCCGCAGCCCACAGAGAGCCUCUCUUCCUGCCGUGUACAGAGCUGAGGCUGGAGCCAGACCUGCAGAGCAACACAUCCCAGUGAAGCUCCCGUACAUAGCAGAACACAGCACAUAGAGAAUCAGAGACCUUGCUACUGCUACAAAUUCCCUGUCACAGUAUUUCAACAUCUAAUGAUUUAUCAUGUCUAUUUUAAACUUUAAUUUAAUACUUUUUAUGACAUAUAGGGAGAAAUCAAUCUUGAAGUUUAAUUUCCUAUCAUGUUCUGUUCAGGAAAGAUGCUUACUAUGCACUGUCAUGAAGAAUGAACUGUACCGUAGAUUUUCUAUUCAUCUAAAUCCACGCUCCAUCAUGCCCUGUUUACUUAAAUAUACAAUCUUUUUAUACUGAAUUAUUCUGAUAAAUUAAGUAUUCCUUACACUGUUUUGGUUACUAUGCCAUUGCUAUGAUGUAUUCCAUUUAAUUAUGGCAUUUAUGCUCUGUCGAUUUUACCUUUUU